GAUAUAAUUUAUAAAAAAACUCAAAUGGAACCAUCUUUCUACUGUAAUAGUUUUAUGGCCAAACUUACAUAUAUUCCAGGUUUGGAUUACUUUAAACAUUCUGGGCUUAUUUGUCGAAUACGGUGGUAAAGGGAUAUAUUCUAUAGAGGACGUACAAAAAUGGCGUGAGAAGCAUCUUUCUGAUAUGGCAUUCCGCCGACUGCUUGCUUGGCUACAAAUCAUUCCUUUCGUUUUCGGCAUUUACUCAAAUUUCUACUUUUUGGGUGGAAGCCAAGUUGGUUAUAUGUUUGUUCAAAGGAUCUGGAAUGAGGAGACAUUAACCCUGCGCUAUCCGUUCUUUUUGUUGAUUACGUUAGGUUAUUUUUACGCACAAAUAUGCAUAGAAGUUGAGCGACGGCAUAGUUUGCCAGACAAAGAAAGCUCCAAAAAGCAGACUUGA